AUGGAGAGGGCAAAUCACUCUUUUGUGACAGAAUUUGUUUUCCUGGGACUCACCAAUUCCUGGAAGAUCGAAAUUUUCCUUUUUGUGUUCUCCUCAACCCUUUAUGUUUCCUGCAUAAUGGGAAACUGCCUCAUUAUGCUCACUGUGAUUUCUGACCCUCACUUACACUCCCCCAUGUACUUUCUGUUGGCCAACCUCUCUUUCAUUGACCUUGGAGUUUCUUCUGUCACUUGUCCUAGGAUGAUUUAUGACCUGUUCAGAAAACCUAAAAUCAUCUCUUUCAGUAGCUGCAUUACUCAAAUAUUCUUCAUCCACCUUAUUGGUAGUAUGGAGAUGGUGCUUCUCAUUGCCAUGGCCUUUGACAGAUAUGUGGCCAUAUGUAAGCCCCUCCACUACCUGACCAUCAUGAACCCACAGAUGUGCAUCUUCUUUGUAGUGGCUGCCUGGAUAAUUGGCAUCAUUCAUGCCAUAGUUCAACUGGUUUUUGUGCUAGACUUAUCCUUCUGUGGUCCUAAUGUGCUGGAUAGCUUUUACUGUGAUCUUCCUCGGUUCAUCAAACUUGCCUGCACAGAUACCUACAAACUACAGUUCAUGGUCACAGCAAAGAGUGGAUUCAUCUCUGUUGGCUCCUUCAUCAUACUGCUCAUUUCUUAUGGUGUCAUCAUUCUCACUGUUCAGAAACACUCUUCGGGUGGUUCUUCCAAGGCUCUGUCCACACUUUCAGCUCACAUCACGGUGGUAGUCUUGUUCUUUGGUCCACUGAUAUUUUUCUAUACAUGGCCAUCUCCCUCCACAUACCUCGAUAAGUUUCUGGCCAUCUUUGAUGCUAUUAUCACUCCUUUCCUGAAUCCUAUCAUUUACACAUUCAGGAAUCAAGAAAUGAAGGUGGCAAUGAAGAGAGUAUGUAGUCAGUUAGGGAAUUUCAGGAAGAUCUCUUAA